AUGAUGGCUUUUGGGAUGCAUAAUGCUCCAGCGACGUUUCAGCGGCUUAUGAACGUGGUGUACUCUUUUUCUCUCUCAGCUUCAGGUUCACCCGUUCAUGCUGCAGUUCUCACACGAUCUGCCACACAGUCACAUGUAACUCACGUCCCAGGAAGGAGGGCACUUAUCUGGCAGCAACACACGCUCCACUAUAAAGUGAAGACGCUGUGCAGUAAGAUGGUGGAGGCGGGACAAGCGUACAUUGCAGCCAAUCAGCUCUUCCUGUCCGGCCUGGCCAAGCUCUCCAUGUGCAACAACAGCGACGGCGCCAUCACUCACUGUCUGGUCCAGUUCAACCAGGGUCUGCAGGAGCUGGUCGGCUUUCACACCAUGUUGUUUGAUCAGAUUCAGAGAGCCAUUGGCCAGCAGCUGACCAAUCUCUGCACACAGUUCCUGCCCCAGCUGGUGGAGACCCGGCGGGAGUUUGUCCGCAUCCGGGAGGAUCUGGAGACAGCAGCACUGAAGAACGCUCAGGUUUCACGCCAUAAAGUCACUGACGCAGAGCGCACGAGCCACUUGCUGCUCGCAACACGCAAGUGCUACCAGCACUUUGGCCUGGAUUACUGUCUGCAGCUCAAUAUGUUCAAGACCCAGCAGAGGUUGGACGUCUUCAACUCAGUGUUCUCCUUCAUCCAUGCUCAGUUCACCUUCUUUCACCAGGGGUUCGACCUGCUCCGAGACUUGGAGCCCACCAUGAGAACCAUGGCAGCACAGCUGUCGCAGCUCUCAGCCGCCUGUGCUGCUACCAGAAAAGACAUGGAGAACACACACCUGCUGGUCCAGCAGAGAGAUGCAUCAGGUGAGCCGGUGGUCAGUCCGAGUCCUGGGAGUGAUGAUGUCAUCCAAGGUUACCUGUUCAAGCGCUCCAGGAGGAAAAGCAGAACCUGGAAGAGAUGCUGGUUUUCCAUCAGAGACAACCAGCUGACGUACAGGAAGUCCCACAAGGAGGACCCAGUGGUUCUGUUUGAGGAUCUCAGACUUUGUGCUGUGAAGUCUCUGGACACCAUCGACAGACGUUUCUGCUUUGAGCUGGUCUCUGUUCAGAAGUGCUGUGCUCUGCAGGCCGACUCGGAGCAGGUGAAGCAGACGUGGCUGGACUCUCUGCAGGGCAGCAUCGAUCUGGCUUACAGGCAGAGUACCAGCGCUCCGCUCACACAGGCAGGUCCGAUCGUCAUCCCCUGUCCCAAAGAGCCGGCUGCUGCUUCACGCUUCUCUUUUUGUGCACAGCCUGAAGAGCCGACUCCUCUCCUGGUGGGGGCCGGGCCCUCAGUCAGAAACUCGGUGCUGCGUGUGGCCUUGGCCGGCCCUGGGAACCAUCACUGUUGCGACUGCGGAGAGGAGGAGCCUCGCUGGGCUUCGGUCAACCUGGGAAUCACUUUGUGCAUCAGGUGCUCUGGCAUCCACAGGAGCCUCGGCGUCCACCUGUCAAAGGUUCGCUCUCUGACGCUGGACUCCUGGGAGGCUGAACAGCUGAAGCUGCUGUGUGUUCUGGGUAAUGAUGUCAUGAACCGGAUAUAUGAGGCUCGAUGUUCUGAGGACGGCAGAGUCAAACCCAGUGUUGACAGUCCGCGAGCAGAGAGGGAGAUGUGGAUCAAAGACAAAUACGUGGAGAAGAGAUUUGUGCCAAAUGGCGACUCUGAUGCUGUUCAUGGAGAGAAAGGAAAAGUGUUUCAGGACCUGUACCGAGCUGCCUUGGCUGGGGACCUGGUUGCCAUGGCCACAGCGUUAGCCCAGGGGUCAGAGGUCAACGCGAGCAUCCCUGAGGAGGAGGGGCGGACGGCCCUGAUUGGAGCUGCUGUCGGGGGGUCGCUGUUGGCCUGCGAAUUCCUGCUACAGAACGGAGCAAACGUCAAUCACCGGGACCGGAGAGGCCAGGGAGCGCUUCACGCUGCUGCCACUGCAGGACAUACGGGUCAGGUGUGUUUACUGCUGAAGAGAGGAGCCAAUCAGUACGCUGUGGACGAGAGAGGGCAGGACCCGCUGGCCAUCACUGUGGAAGCAGCCCAUGCCGACAUCGUGACGUUGCUGAGGAUGGCCAGAAUGAAUGAGGAGAUGAGGGACUCUGAUGGCGUCUUUGGCUCCACAGAUGACGAGACGUUUCAGGACAUCUUCCGCGAUUUCAGCGACAUGGCGUCACAUGACCCCGAGAAGCUGAGCAGACGGCAGUUCAACCACAGACGAGAGGAGGGGGAGGCUGAGGAGGGGCGCGGAGAGAUGGUCAACACCCAGGAGCAUGACAGACAUUCAGUUGAUUAUCGUUAAUCUGACCACUGAGCCGAGAAGAAACGCUGCUGUUCUCAUCAUGAAGCUGUUACCAGACGCUGCGUCUGCCAGAAGACACGCCGCCUGUUAACCAAUAAAUGUUCAAUAAUACAAAACAGGCAAAGAUCCCGGAACAAACAUGUGAAGACGACCCUCACUGUGUCCGAAAAACAUUUCAGCUCCACACAAAACUACAAAGACAUCAUUAUUUGAAAAUGACAGUUGGUGGCGGUUUGUCACUCAGACAUCCAGGCGAGAUGCCUGUUUCAGAAACCAGCUCCAACAAACUCUGAGUCUGAGCGAGUCAGUGGGUUAAAUCAGAUCCAGCAUGUGCACAAAAAGGAGCACGAACUGAGCCGCAGAACUUAGAUUGACCAUGGCAAAAAAACAAAAACAAAAAAACCUGGGUGGGAGAAAAUCACUGUUCUGGGGUGGAGCGGUUCUGACUGCACUCCCUUUAUUCAGAGAGCGGCGUCAGCUUAGAACACGGCGCCAUUUUGGUUCCAACUGCGCUGAACUACUGAAUGAACCUUUAAUGUUUUCAACAUUUUUAAAAAUCGUUUAACCACAUAC